ACAAGAAGUCGCAGGCAUACCACGUGAUUGAUUUAGAACAGAGCCAUCAGCCAUGGGCGUGUUCGCCGUCACCAAGGUUUCCGAGGGCCCCGUCCGCCCCUCCGCCGAGACGCCAUCGGAGACGCUGCCCCUCGCCUGGGUCGACCGCUACCCGACCCACCGCGGCCUCGUGGAGUCACUGCACGUGUACCGCGACAGCGCCAAGACCAAGCCCCCGGCGGCGGUCGUGCGCGGCGCGCUCGCAGACGCGCUGGUGCACUACUACCCGUUCGCCGGGCGGAUCGUGGACGGCGUGGACGCAGGGCGCCCCUCCGUGCUGUGCUCCGCCGACGGCGUCUACUUCGUGGAGGCCACAGCCAACUGCACGCUCGCCGACGUCAACUUCCUCGAGCGCCCGCUGCUGCUCGGCAAGGAGCAACUCGUGCCGUACCCGACGCCGGAGCUCUGGGCCGUCGAGCCGCACAACAGCCUUGCCAUGAUACAGGUCACAACAUUUACCUGCGGUGGCUUCGUGAUCGGCCUGCGCACCAACCACGCGGUGGCCGACGGCACGGGCGCGGCCCAGUUCCUGAACGCCGUCGGCGACCUCGCCCGCGGCCUCCCGGAGCCCCGCCUGAAGCCGGCCUGGGGGCGCGACAGCUUCCCAGAUCCGGACAUCAAGCCCGGCCCGCUGCCGGAGCUCCCCGUGCUGGCCCUGGAGUACAUCGCGUUCGACUUCCCGGUCACCUACAUCGACAAGCUCAAGUCGCAGUACGCCGAGCUCAACGGCGGCAAGCACUGCUCCGGCUUCGACAUCGUCAUCGCCAAGCUCUGGCAGUGCCGCACGCGUGCCAUCGGCCCCGCCGUCGUCCCCGGGGCUGACGUCAAGCUCUGCUUCUUCGCUAGCGCCCGCCACGUGCUUAAGCUGGAGCCGGGCUACUGGGGCAACGCCAUAUUCCCCGUGAAGGUGUCCGCGCCGGCGGAGAAGGUCGCCGGCUCGUCGGUGGUCGAGCUCGUCGGCGUGGUCCGGGAGGCGAAGUGGCGCAUGGCCGAGGAGUGCCUGCGCUGGGCCGAGGGCCGCACAGGCGGCCGCGACCCGUUCCAGAUGACGUUCGACUACGAGUCGGUGUACGUGUCCGACUGGAGCAAGCUCGGGUUCUCCGACGUGGACUACGGGUACGGCACGCCCAUGACCGCCGGCCCGCUGGUGAACUGCGACCUCAUCGCGUCGGUCAUCGUCAUGAAGGCGCCGGCGCCGCUCGCCGGCACGCGCCUGCUGGCCAGCUGCGUCACCAAGGAGCACGCCGACCACUUCGCCGGCCUCAUGAGGGAGGACCUCGUCUGACCGUACGCACGUACGUACAUCCACUAUCCAUGCUUUCGUACGUGCGAGCAAAACCUGAAGGAAACCUAGAGUUCUAGAGUACUUAAAUUACACACGGAGUAUAUGUGAAACAAUAAGGUGUGUGCUCUACGUACGGUGCUUGAGUGUUCGUUGCAGUUUGAUGUACUGUUGUGUUUGUA